AUGGGAAUUUCCUUCAGAAGUAUUUUCUCUAUUUUUUUCUCUUUAGCUGUUUACUCGUUAGAUUGCUAUAAGUUCAAUUGCAAAUCUUCAGAUAUGCUGUUUGUGAAUGAAACCUGCAUUUUUUACGAGCCAACACAGGGGAAAUAUUGAUUAAAUGAGUGCCCAAAAUACUUUUAUUGUCCUAUUCCAGCUCCAAUUCAAGAAAUAAAUUCCACUUGUCAAUACAUCCCUAAACCCAGUUCGUAUUUAUGGCCUGGCGAGCCAUGCACAUCAAACUCUUCUUGCAUAACAAAUGCAUGUAUAGAUUCUAUAUGCAUUGGAAAUACUGCUGGAGAAUCUUGCAAGAGUGAUGGCGAUUGCAAUCCUGGCUUAUUCUGCAAUUCAGAAAAAUGCACUCACUCUCCCAGUAUUAAGCAAAUUCUUGCUUGCUCUGGGGUUUUCCAAAAAUAGGGAUUUGUUGGGUCAUGAAAGGGGUGAAGCAAGCAAAAAUCGAUCUAUCUUUUUAAAUUUACUAUUUGAAAAUCUUGUGCUAAAACCCCUAACGAAUAAGCAAGAAUUUGCUUUUACUGGGGCGAGUCAGCAGAUAAAUACAGGAAGUUACGGCUGUUCUCGAGAUGAAGAUUGUGUAAAUUCAUCAUUUUGCAAUUUCACAGGAAAUCCAGCUACUUCUAUUUGCGUGCUAGGGUACAGUUUGGCUAGUAGCCAAGCAAUUGCGAAUUGUGAGAAUGGAGUUAGCAAUUUAUGUCAAAAUAUUGCUUGCAUUGGAGGAAAUAAUCCAGUAUGCAAUGUAAAAUUGUCAUCUCAAUUAUUGCCGAAGGCAUGCCAGAGCUCAAAUGACUGUCAGAUAGACGGCAAUUUAUCAGAAUAUUUGCCUAGCUGUGAAUGCGCAUUUAAUCCAAAUGGAAAAGCUUAUUGUGGGUUAUAUCCUGGGGAUAAGCUUUAUCAGCAAUACUUAAUUAUGCUUCAAGAUUGGAUUAAAAGUGAUAUUAUCAAUAAAUGCAACACAGAAAGAAGAGGAAUUUCACCAUGCAUGCAGGCAUAUUAUCCAAAUUAUUUAAAGUUGGCUUAUUACGCAUCUCUUGUUUCAGCAUAUCCACAACUGCAAAAUGCUCCAAACUGUGCGCAACAGAUUUAUUUAUCUAAUUAUUGAGGGUUCCUGCAGCAAAUCAAUGACCAAGAUGAAUAUUCCAAUUCAAAUCAAAUCCUUUUAUCACUGGCACUUUUGUUUAUAUUGUAUUAA